AAAGCCGGGCGAAGCGCUCGCGCUGGAGCGUCAUGCCAACGAAUUUAAAGCUCUGAAGGUUUCAGCCGCGUGACGACAAAAGCAAAGGAGCACGCGCUGCCUGGCUGUCUUGUUUAUUUCACUAGAAGUGGAAACCAAGUCGUGCUUUUCCAGCUCCGUUUUUGCGUGAAAAGAAAUAUAAAAUAUAAAAUGCCUUAUCUCCCGGGCUAUAGCGGCUAAAGCCAAAUACUCAGCUGCCCACCAGGACUUCAGGCUUAUUCUAACCGACAAUGUUAAGCGCAGUCAGCACUAUGACUGAUGGGGACUAUGAUUAUUUGAUUAAACUCCUGGCUCUCGGUGAUUCAGGAGUGGGAAAAACAACCUUCCUUUACCGCUACACAGACAACAAGUUCAACCCCAAGUUCAUCACUACCGUGGGCAUUGACUUCAGGGAAAAGAGAGUGGUGUACAGCACUAACAGCCCUAAUGGGACUGCAGGAAAGACGUUUAAAGUUCAUCUGCAGCUCUGGGACACAGCAGGACAGGAGAGGUUUAGAAGUUUGACAACAGCUUUCUUCAGAGACGCAAUGGGGUUCCUGCUCAUGUUCGACCUGACGAGCCAGCAAAGCUUUCUAAAUGUUCGCAAUUGGAUGAGUCAGCUACAGGCGAAUGCCUACUGCGAAAAUCCAGACAUCGUUCUCAUUGGAAACAAAGCGGACCUGCCGGAUCAAAGAGAAGUUCAGGAGAAGCAAGCUAAAGAACUGGCAGAUAAAUAUGGCAUCCCGUACUUUGAGACGAGCGCAGCGACGGGAGCGACAGUAGACAAAGCCGUGGUCACUCUGCUCGACCUGGUGAUGAAGAGGAUGGAGCAGUGUGUGGAAAAACCCGAUAAAGUGGAUGCACAUCACACAGACAGCACCAGCAAACUGAGCGCCACGCCAGCAGCGGAGAAAAAUUGCUCCUGUUAGAAAUUGCCUUAUUGCGCCCUCAUGUGGACGGGUGUGGAUCUAAAGCUCACUCCUGCGGUUAUGAGAGCAGGGCGCUGGAUCUGUUUGUGAAUGUGUUUUCAAACAAAGUCUAAACGUUCCUUUCUUGUAUGUGGUAGUGACUUUGGACGAAAGAAAAAUCUGGUUAAGAAGCUUUUGGUAUUCUUCCACUUCAUCAUUUAAAAACCCGUUUAAACAAUUAGUCAUUAUAACAAUAUUUAUUUCUUUAUAAAUUCUUUAUGACAGGUUAUGAGUUUUUACUCUAAUAGUUUUAAUACGUGCAGUAAUGCAUGGAUAUCCUAAAUGUAUGACAGAAUGUAUGGAUUCAGUUCUCCAGUACACUUUUAUGAUUUGAAUGCUCUCUGCCCUUUAAUUCUAGAGGUAUAUAUAUACACACACACUACCAUUUAAAUGUUUGGGGUCACUUUCUAACUCCAUGAUGGUUCCUGAUUUUUAUUUCUUUCUACAUUGUAAAGGAAUGCUGAAGGCGUCUAAAAAAUGCAUGAAUCUCCUUUGAACAGUUAAUGGUGAGAUGUUUCUGCUACUUCUGCUCUGUAAAGACUUCAUAACUCCUCUAAUCUGAGGUGCUGUUAAUUGGUCAUUUUUCAGGCUGAUAACUCUAAAUGAACUUCUCGUCUGCAGCAGAGGUAGGUUUUGGUCUCGCCCUCCUGGGACGGCCUUCAUGAGAGCCAGUUUCAUUAUGGUGCUCGACGGAUUUUGCAAAUGCACUUGACAAUACUGUUCUUGCAAGAACUAUUACAGAAAGGCCGACCUCUGUGUCUUAAAAUAACAACUGUUGUUUUUCUUGUUGUUACAUAAUUACCUAAUCCCAUACGUGUUAUUUUAUAGUUUUGAAAUCCCCAGUAUUGAUGUAGAAUGUAGAAAAUAAAUCACUAAACAAAAACAAAGAAAUUUGCAAGUGACCCCAAACUUUUGAACGGUAGUGUGUAUAUUUUGUGUGUUGAUCUCCAGUGCACUUUGGAGUGAUUUCAGACCUCUGUUUAGGUUUUUAUCUGUAUUUGUUUAGAAUAUAUCAGUUAUAUAGGCUAUUCUAGAUCUAUUACAAUUAAUCAAUUUAACAAUCAAGAAUUAUUGAAAUGAUUAUUUUUUUUAUAUUUCGGACAGAAUAUCUAUGAAACUUUAAAUACAGUAUAUACAUUAGAUUCCACACUUAUUGCAGUGUCCAAAAUGCAUGUUCUUGUUUCCACAUCCCUUUAGAUUUAGAAGCAUUUUUUUGUUUUGUUAUUAAUUAUUAUCUUUAUUAUUAUAAUUUUACCUGACACAGCUCCUAAAACACAAUCAACUGCAUUUCCUUUACUUGUUUAACUUUAGCUUUAAUUUCAGGUCUAAAGGAUCACAAUGAAUGCUGGGUUUAUUCUGUUAUACUGCUGUAGCGUUGUCAUGGAAAUGCUUAUUUUAAGUCUCAUCUAAAUAUGUUGUUUGGAAAAGAAAUUCGGGUUAGUUCUAAACUACUGCGUGACUUUCUGUUGCUGAAAGAAAAUCUAAAGGUAUCAUUUUGUUGAAUGAUACAGUAAUUUAUGUACAGAGCACUGAGAAGACCCGAACACAUACAUACAGCACAUACAUUAAUACACGCGGUGUUCAAGUCAAACUGGACCUUGUGAUGAAACUUCUCACGAAUGAAGGUGUAAAACCGAUUGAUACUCACAGAAUACUUUUAAUGCAGUACAGUGAUGAGACAUUUGAAUGGUGUAAAAGUUUUUAGGGAGGCGGUAGGUCCAUGAUUAACGAUCCCGGCCGAGGUGGCUCGGGGCCCACCGCACUCGUUCCAGUGAAUUUAGCGAGUGGAAACGUUCGAUCCUUGAAAAUCGACUGAUAACUUGUCAGCAACAAAGGCAUCUGUUUGUAGGAACAUGGGAGAAAACGGAAGGAAGGAAUCCAAACGCUAGUGAAACACUGAGUAAGUGCAUUAGUGGAUCAGGGGAUUAUAUAGAGAAAUAAAAUGGGUUUUUACUCUCCGUGUAAUCAAAAGUCCUGGUUUGACUUGAACGCCCCUUGUACUAAUAGUAAUAAAAGCAGUAAUAUGCUUUUUCUUUUUCAAUUCUUAA